GAAUCACACAAACCGUGGCGCGACAAGUCGCACAUACAAACAAAUUACCACAGAGCGAUGUCGCAGACCCAGCUGGACGAAACAGCAGUGGAAAAUUUCCGCGAGUAUCUGCGGAUACCGUCGGUGCAGCCGGACGUCAACUACGAUGAGUGCGUGGCAUUCUUAACUAGACAAGCACAAUCUCUCGAUUUGCCGAUCAAAAUCUAUCAUAUACAUCCUAAGAAACCGAUUGUAAUUUUGACAUGGAUCGGAAUGCAACCAACAAAACCGUCCAUUCUCUUAAACAGUCACAUGGACGUAGACGAAUGGAUCUAUCCGCCGUUCAGCGCACAUAUGGACGAGGAAGGCAACAUCUACGCUCGCGGCGCUCAGGACAUGAAGUGCGUGGGAAUACAGUUCUUGGAGGCGAUCCGUAGAUUGAAACUGAACAGACAACGCUGCCAACGUACUAUUCACCUCUCUUUCGUCCCGGAUGAGGAGAUCGGCAGUGUUUUCGGAAUGAAAGACUUUGUGCACACUGCUGACUUCAAAGCCCUGAAUGUCGGUUUCGCGUUGGACGAAGGUUUUGCCUGUCCGUACGAAAGCAUGUACGCGUUCUAUACAGACAAACCGUCUUGGCACGUCGAAAUAAAGUGCGCGGGCAAUCCCGGUCAUGGAUCGUUCCUACCGGACAACACGGCUGGAGAAAAAUUGAGAAUCAUAAUCGAGCGUUUCAUGGACUUUAGAGCCUCCGAGAAAGCGAAAAUGGAUUCUACGAAAUCCUGGUUUUCUCUUGGUCAGGUGACAACUGUGAAUCUUACGAAAAUUUGGGGUGGCUUACAGACUAACAUUAUACCUAACGAGCUCAGCGCUAUAUUCGAUAUUCGUCCAACAUCUUCCGUUGAUCAUGAAGAAUUGGAGGCUACUAUCAAACGCUGGUGCGAGGAAGCAGGUCCAGAUGUAACCUACUCCUUCAAACAGAAGAAUCCUAAAAGUAAGGCCACCAAGCUCGAUAAUUCGAAUCCAUAUUGGAUUGCUUUUAAAAAGACCUGUGAUGAAAUUGGUGUCAAUUUGGAAAUUGGUGUUCUCCCAGGAAGCGCAGACAGUCGUUUUUUACGAGAGGUGGACAUUCCUACUCUUUGCUUUUCACCAAUGUACAACACGAAGAUAGCUCUUCAUGAUCACAAUGAAUAUCUAAACAAAGAUAUAUUCUUGAAAGGAAUAGAGAUAUAUACCAAAAUAAUACCGUCUGUUGCAAAUGUUUAAAACAAACAUGCCAUAUUUCACUAAUAAUAUUAUAUUCCACUAAUAUGAUAAGUAUCUCAUGUAUGAUCGGAUAUUUAGAUUUUUAGAGCUAUUGAUAGCUCGCUCGGCUAUUCUAUCAACAAUAAGCUUAUUAAUCAGAUGAGCUUAUUAAUGAAUUCAUCUAUCAAUAAUAAGUUUAUUAAUCAGAUGAGCUUAUCAUUGAAUAAAAUAGCCGAGCAAGCUGUCAGUAGCUCUAAAUAUCUCUUUAGUUUAAGAGAUCGCUGUUAAUGUACAAUAUAAAUAUACUAAAUUGAUAUGUAUAUUUGUGUUGCAUAUAUAUAGGUAUAUAUUCAUAUUAUAACUAUUUUAAAUUUUUAUUAUCGUUUGGGAAGGGAUGGAUUUGUUUGGAAAGAUAUAUAUUCUGACGUAAAGGAGUAAAUUCGCAAUUUUGUUAUUAAAUUAUCCGAUAGUAUAAAACAACUCGUUAGAAAUCGUUUGUUGUAAUAAUAACAGCAGAACGCA